AUGGAAGAAGAGUUUGAAAGCGAUUUGAAAGCUCUCGGUCUGCCAUUGCCAUUAGGAAGCACUAAUCUUAUCAUCCAAGAAAUUCGGAAAUGGAAGGGCAGCGUAUCUCCUGCCAUCAUGUUCAGUGUGGGCGUGUUUGGGAACGUUCUUGCGCUCAUCGUGCUUCACAAGUCCCCGGGAGAACAGAAACGGAAAUUGUUCUAUAGAUUUGUUGCCGGUCUAACGAUCACUGACCUUAUGCGCGGUCUGUCCGGCCGGAAGAAUAGUUUCACGGAAUCUCGGACGUUUUCCGGCUACUCGCGGCGCUUUGCGGAGUGUCAGAUGGCGGUGCUGUUGAUCGGUAUCACCGUAGUGUUCAACUCCUGCUACCUUCCACUUAUUAUUCGAAUUGUACUCAACCAAACGAAGCUACUUCCUGUGAACAUGCGCACUGAUCUUCUCGUUAUUCGCUUCGCCUCGCUCAAUCAGAUACUGGAUCCCUGGGUAUACAUCCUUCUGCGUCGCGAGGUCGUCUCUCGUCUCAUCUUCACGAUCCGGAAACCCCUUUCUCCCAAAACCACGGAGGUGAGUCAAAAACUGACAGCGUUCCCAGACACAGCAGGUUAA